CUGGUGGUUGGUGUUGUAGCAACGGGAGGGAGCUCGUGCGAGUAGCGGUUCUUCAGUGCCGCGGGGCAGCGCCGGGAAGUUCGGUGCGCGUCCUUCCUUCCUGGCGGUCGGUGGCGGCCCGAUGCGGGCGCCUCGCGGGCAGCCCGCCCUGGAGGAGUCCCUGCAGCGCUACCAGGCGCGGCUCCGAGAGCGUGCUAAUGAAACUAUCCAUCAGCUGAAAUAUGCGUUGGACGAAAGACAUUUUGCAGACAGUAAGGAUGAAGUUGGAUCUGACCAGUCCUCUGUGGACAAAAGCAGUGAUGAUAUGGACAGGGGCAAUGACAACAGUGGGAAUCCACCCUGGGAGGAACUACAGCACAGUCACGCUGUUAAUCAACUUAAAAUUUUGUUGCAAGAUCAGGAAAAGAUGGAAAGUGAAGCCUCUCCAUCAAGGAGGAAGAUGCAAUUCCAAAAAACCCCUGAAGCUACAACAGAAGACUUACCAGACCCUUCUGAUCUUAUUCCUAGAAUUAAUGAUCAGUCUCAGUACAUUAACCAUUUAGAAGCAGAAGUGAAGUUUUGCAAGGAGGAAUUGUCUGAGAUGAAAGAUCAGGUUCGAGUAGUUAUACUUGAAAAUGAGGACCUCCAUCAGAAACUGAAAUUUUUGACUGAUGGAUAUACCUUGGGAGAACAAGCUCUUCUAGGUACCUCGGCAAAUAAUCAGAACUCCAGGUGUAAUGACUGGAAACUGCAUCAGCCUCCUGCAUCAUCAUCAGCACAUAACGGAGGUCCAGCUUUGUUUUCAAAAACUGUUGAAGUAGAAAAAUGGCACGUAGAACUGGAGAAACUAAAACUUCUUUAUCAGGACAAAAUCAGUAUCUUGGAUGCCCAAGUACAAUCUCUAAGGAAACACCUUUCAGAAUCUCGGAAGACAUGUGAAGAUUUGGAAGCAAGGCUGAAACACCAGAAAUCGCUGGUUUCAGCCACAAAUUCUAGUCGAGUUGGUGGUCUUUGUCUGAAAUGUGCACAGCAGGAGGCAAUUCUUGCACAGACACAUUCUAAUGUUCAUGUGCAGGUCAUUGAGAGAGUAACAAAAGAAAGAGAUGAUUUGAUGGAUGCACUUGUUUCAGUAAGGAGGAACAUGAAAGAGAUGCAGGAAAGAGAAUGUAAUGCAUAUGAGCAAGUUAAACAAGCUGUGCAAAUGACAGAAGAGGCCAAUUUAGAAAAAACAAAGGCUCUAGUUCAGUGUGAGCAACUGAAAAGUGAGUUGGAGCGCCAGAAGAAUCGUCUUGAAAAGGAGUUAGCUAUCCAGCUCAAUAAGAGGACUGAGGAAAAAGAUGCUCUGCGGGAAGAAAUGAAGAAAGAAAGGGAGAACAUGGCAGCAAUGGUAAUGGCCAUGUCUGAGAAUGUUGCCAUGUUAGAGGCUCAGGUAGAGAGAAUUACAAGGGAAAAGAAUUCUCUGUUCAGCCAGCUAGAAGAAUCACAACAUCAGCUUGCGUCUCAUGAAAUGGAGAUGAACAAGGUGUGUGGAGAAAUGCGCUAUCAGUUGAAUCAAACCAAAAUGAAGAAGGAUGAGGCAGAAAAGGAGCUCAGAGAGUACAGAACAAAAACUAUAAGGCAGCUUGAAAUUAAGGACCAGAAAAUAGAAAAACUGGGAUUAGAGCUCAAUGGAAACAAGCAGCGUUUGGAACAAGCCCAGCAGGAUGUGGCAGGAGCCAGAGAGGACUGCCUAAAACUGACAGAACUGCUGAGUAAAUCUGAGCACCAACUGCACCUCACCAGAUUGGAGAAAGAGAGCAUUCAGCGCAGCAUUAGCAAUCAAGCAAAGGCCCGAGCCCUUCAGGCCCAGCAAAGAGAGCAGGAGCUGACACAGAAGAUGCAGCAAAUGGAGGCCCAGCAUGAGAAAACUGUAAACGAACUGGACUCAUUGCUGACCUCCCAGAAAACAUUCAUAGCAAAAUUAAAGAAAGAAUGUUGUUUGUUGGCUAGCAAGUUGGAGCAAAUGUCAGAAAAAUACAGAUCUAAAGUCAACCAGCUUAGUCAGGAAAAAGAGUAUCUUCUUGGCAGAUUGGAGAAGAUGCAGAAACGAAAUGAUGAAUUGGACCAACAGUGUAUCCAGCAUGGGAGAAUGCAUGAGAGGAUGAAGUCAAGGUUGCACCAGCUGGACAAGCACUGCCAGACCACUGCCCAGCAGCUCGUGGAGCUCCUCAACAAACAGAACCAGCUCUUCAAAGAGAAGCAGCUGCUGACAGAAGAGGUGCAGUUUCUGCGAACACAGUUGUGUAUUUCAGGAAAAGAAAUGGGAUGCAGAUCUCAAACAGGACACAGAUGGAAUCAAGUAAAAACCUGGACGGAUGAAGAGAAAUGAGAACAAUUCUCCUCUGUAUGCACCUGAAACUUGGGCUUUUCUGAAGCUCACCCAGAGAACCAACGUGCUGCCUGCCCUCACCUGCUCUGUAUUUGUUUUUAACUAUAGUGCCAUCAACGUAUUGAAACAUUCCUCCUCUACCGAACUUUCUGGGAAGAUGUCUCAGACUUGCCUAAGAGACUGCAAUCCAGUGGCAACAGCCAUGAUGGAGCAUGUACUGGAUUUGUUAUUUCUAUGAUUUUUAUUAAAUGGUUUUAAUCUGUUUUUAUAAUUUAAUACGGGUGUUUUAUGUACAGAUGGCAAACCCAAUAAACUCAGUUUACUAAUUCUUU